AUUAUUAGAUCACGCUGUAUGUUAUUAAUUUUGAACGCUGUUUGUUGGCGUUCUAUAAAAAAUAAUAAAAUUUGAAUUAGUUGUCCUGGGGUAUUAAAAUAAACAGUGGACAUAAUAUAGGUUUACAUUUUUCAAUUUAAUUUAAUUUGUGGAAGAACUAAAAAUUAAUGCUUACAAUGACUUUGAUAAACUUAGGUGCAUAAUUUUUGUGUUGGGUAUGCGUAUUUGGAGGUUCCCAGAAGUAAUUCCAAAGUUGAGGCCGCAGCUAUCGGGACUACGUUGAUACGUAAUGGACAGUGAAGAUGAGCUCCCUGCUAAGUGGAGCGGAGAUCCGCAGCCCAUUUAUUUUCCAGUCCUUAAAGAAGAAAUAGGCGUUGCGAAAGAUAAAAGGGUUAAUGAUCAACCACCUAGUAAUGAUGAAGUAAAUAAUCUGAAUCCUCCACAGCCCAUAAUUAUUCUGGACGAUAGUGAUGAAGAGGAAAGUGAGCGUAAUGGAGAGCGCACGCCUGUUAGUGACACUGUUCAGCAGCAGUGUGAUACAAUUGACCUUACAUUGGACGAAGAAGAAAAUGAUGGUGACAAUUGCAAUGGCGAAGAUGAUGAUGAUGAUGAUGAUGAUGAUGAUGAUGAUGAUGAUGAUGACACUAUUGAUGAUGGCAGUGUUGAUGAUGGCAGUGUUGAUGAUGAUGGUGAUGUUGGUGAUGGUGAUAAUACAGGAAGCUGUGGGAAUAAGGAACUUUCGUCCAAGCACUUACAAAGUGACUUGGCUAUAGAAGCUGCAGAGUGUGAUAAAAACUAUGUUAUCAGACCCUCCUUCAUAUGCCGGCUAUGUAAUAAAUGUUUCAUUUCUCAGUGCAGUUUAUACUUGCCUCAUUUGGUUGAAGAAAUGAACUACUUAUGUACAAUUUGCAUGACCUUGCACAAAAAUGAAGAUACUUUUUAUGAACAUCUUAAGUCCCACAAGAAUCGGUACGUCACCUGCAGUUUGUGCACGGAUAAACUGAAACCCGCGGGAAUUGUGUGUACGGUGUGCAGCUCUAGUUUUGACUGUGAAAAAGAUUACAAAGAUCACCAGAAAACACAUACAAAUCAAAAAGUGGAUGAAAAUAAUAAAUUGAGCUGUCAGGUGUGUAAACGAAAGUUUGUUAGCAAAACUCUUCUACAAAUACAUGAGCGCCUGCACACCGAGGAACUUUUCAAGUGUAAUUCAUGUGGGGGACAGUUUUGGACUCAGCAGAUUUUGAUCGAGCAUCAGUACGUUUGCGGGGCUCCCAAAACGAGUUCCAUUUUCAAGUGCAGCUUGUGCCAAGAGAGUUUCUGCUCGCACGCCAUGAUGGCCGAACACAUGAGACACUGCACGGACUCUCAGUCGCGGUUCUACUACUGCGAGAUGUGUCCAGAGCUGUUCUCGUGCGCCAACGGCCUCGUGGUUCACAGGCUGGUGCACCUCAGCGGUAAGUCUACAAACUUCCUGGACUGCGAUUGCUGCAACAUGAAGUUCUUCUCUGCGACCGGCCUGGCAGCCCACAAGUACUGCACGGGCAAGGUGGUGUACAGCUGCUCCCCGUGCAACUUGCAGUUCUUUGUGGAGUCGUCCUUCAUGUCUCACUUGCGCUCGCUGCACGCUGUGAAGACUGCUGCCCUGACUAACAGCAGCAAGAAGGCCAAGGAAGCAGGGAACAUAGUGGUUGAGGAAAUAGGUUCAUCUGAUGAAAUCAUUCCUCGCAAGGAUGAUGUUCCUCAACGCGUGGUAACUGUACAAGGAGAGCCUGAUCAACACGCGGUCCAUCAGAGUCCAUCACCGACUUCCUCGCGGGAGUUACCUGACACCUCUUUGCAGCAGGAUGCUCCUUCUGCGGGUCGUAGUUCAACGCUUGUUUCCGACAAGAACAAUGGUGAAGUAGAACGUGAUUCCUGCGAAGUAGGUCCUGCCGAAGAGAUUUCGGAAAUCUCCUCCCAGAGCACAACUGGUAAGGAAAUCAAGACAGCUGAGAAGGUUUUUCAAAAUUUGUCUAACAUAUCGGGAAAUAACACUCCACCUAUUGAUUCUGGCCCUGUAGACUUAACCGAAAAUAACAAGGGUAUUUUUUCCUCAGCAUCACAAAUUCAGACCAAUGAUUAUCACCCACUAUCCGUUAAUGUUACUGGUUCUCAUACUAAAAUGUUACCAACAAUUAAAGUGACAGACAAGCAGUCUCUUAAGCCUCUUAUAAGGACUGUGAGUGCUCAUUCACAAAAGUUGCAUCUCGAGAAAAUUGCACAUUUUAGAACGGCUACCAUUAAACCAUCUCAGUACCUGGAGGUAUGUACUCCAAGCUCACAAAUGUGUGAUAAAAAUGAUAAUGACAAGCUUCCAGGAAGUAUAGAAGAAAAGAUGGAGACAGAUGAUAGUAAGGUUGGUAAUGUAGAUGGUGUUUCACAAAAUGUAAUUUCUCAAACACCUUCACGCUCUGGCAUCUCCUUGAACACUCUGCGACCUAAUGUACAAGUAAAACAAUCAGUCCAACGUCAGAAUUCAUUAGGGUCUUCUUUACAGAACUACCCAAACUCUGAUACUGGUUCACAGCAAAAUAGUAGUUCAUUUUCAGAUAAGUCAUUGCUUGUACCUAAGAGAAUUUGUGACAUGGUUAUACAUUCUGAUGGAAUGAGCCCUGCUAAAAAGAUUUGUAAUAUUUCUUUUGAGGGCACAACUUGUGAACAACUCAAUACAGACCAAAAAAGUGUUCUUAAGUUACCUAAUAUUGCUCAAAAUAACAUGACACUAAAUAAUUGUGAUGUUAUAGACUUGACAGAAAAUGAUGAAAGUGAUAAUAUAUCCACAUCAUCUCUGAUGAACCCUUCUUUCCAAAUUCAGACUAGUGUCUACAAACCACAGCCAGUUUUCAAUACAGAUUCUGCUUCAAAAUCAACCAGUAACGUUGUUUAUUCUAAAAAUUCACCAAAAACGACUGUAGCAAACACAGUGAGUAGUUCUACUUUGUUUGCAAGCACCACUCGUUCAGAAGAAAAUUUGCGUUUGGAAAUUGUCCCAGGUAAUACAAUUGUCACUAUCAUGCCUUCUAAGUUAAUGCCGAUGAUUAAUACUACAAACGUACAGCUACAACCAAGUACUUCUAAUAAUUGCUUCAGUAUAGCACUACAGAACUCUCCAUCCAAAAUUCAGCCUAGUUCCCCAGUAUAUCACAUUAUCACCUAUGAAAACGCUCAGUCAGCUAAGGCUACGUACAUAAUUUCACCAACUAAAGCUCAGUCUACAUCUCCGGUUAUACAGACACUUCCUAUUGUAAGCCCUGUAAUAUUAAGAAGCAAACAUUUUCCAAGCAUUCGGCCAAAGUCAUUUGCGUCACUGUCAGGUAGUACUCCUAACAAUCAGCCCAAACCAGGAAACCUGACUACAUUUCCUGCAACAUUGCAAGAUAGUGCUAAGUUUCAGCCAAAUUCUUCGGUAGUGCAGACAGUUAAUGAUGCAAAUCCCCAAUCCACUCAAAACACUAAUGUUUCUAUAACAUUGCCUAGGAAUAGCAUUCCUAAUCUCUGUCCUGGUGAUAAAAUACUGAUGCCAGGAAAUGUUACUGGUAAUGCGUCUUGUUGUGUACCAGGAAUUAACUUACAGGUUCAGGCAAGUCCUCAGAAACCAAAAGUGUGUGUUAGUGUCGGUGAUAAAACAUUACUUUCACAUAGCCCAUCAAAAAUUAAUUUAUUGUCAUCAGAAAGCACAAAAUUUCAGAGUUUGCCAGUUCAAGCAUUACCAUUAAAUAAUGUUAAGUACAUUCCAGUGUCGAAAACACUCUCGGCAAGCGAUGUUAGUUCAAGUACGCCUAUUAAGCAUCCUGUCUCCGGAAUAACGCUACCGCCCAAAAGGAACGCUCGUUUGAUGUCUGCAGCUGACUCGCCAAGUAAAAAAAAUGCCUCAUGCCAGGUGUUCAUCAAAGUUUGCAAGGAGCCAGGCAAGUCGAGACUUCAGCCCAGUUCACAUGAAAACAUCAUCAAAGUGGAGGAACUCAAUGGCAAUGAGCUGAAGAAUAAACAUGAUCCCAAGAACAUCAUGCAAGAUAGAGGGCGGGAAUUAAUCUUCCACACGCUAAAGACAAAAAUGAUGCAAAGAGUGGUUUUCAACGAAGUGUGUAAGUUCUGUGGUACUGGAUUCACAGAUCGUUUUGCGUAUAGGAUUCACAACCUGUCUUGUAAGUCAGGUAAAUUGUGAGUGAUUUCUUGAGUCUGUAAACGAACACUGUGCAAGCCUUCCAUUGGGUUAGCAAAUCAUUGCACCUGGGUACCUAGAGAUGGGUAUUUAAUUCUGUUAGGGAGAAGAUAAGUACGCUGUCACCUAAUGAACCUUACUUUUUGUUCUUUGUCAUGUAACAGUUCACUUAAGUGGUGCCAUUGGUCUUUCUGCCAUUGUUGUUCUUUCAACAGUGUUUUCAAACAAAUAUCAUAUAAUGAUAUGCAAGCGAGUUAAGAAAUUGGUACUUCUGGUUCUAUUUAUGAGAACUGUAUUUUUUGUGAAAAGUUACUCGACUCAGACUACAACCAUAGUUGACAGUAGUGAAAUAAAUUGCCACAUAAAUAAAUUAUCCUGUUCUGUAUCAUGAAUAAUUGUCUUGAUAAUUUUUUAUUACCUUUUUUUAUCACUGCAAACAUUUUGUUUUUGUUCUAUUAAAGUUGCUUCCUAAGAACGUGUUAAAUUUUUGUUGUAGUACUGCAAACAUACUUCAUUUCACAGUCACAUUAUUUGAACAAUAACUUUAUUUUCUGUCCCAGCUGUGAGUGCUGGUUAAACCCCAGAAAUGUGCAAUAUUACAAAUUCUUAAACAUUUAAUGCAAUUGAAUGUAAACUACAUGUAGUAGGAUUUACUUUCGACUACAUUCUGAACUGUAAAUUUUUGUCAAAACAUUUCCAUGUUUGGGUUAAUGCUUGUUAUGGCAGUAUUUUUAAAUAGAAAAAACAAACAUUUGAAUAUAGUUUUAUAUGAUCCAGAAGUGAAGUAUGCAAGAAGUUCACUAGCUUACUAGGAUGUAUGUAGAAAUAAUGUUCCUUUAUUGUUUUGCUCGUAUAUGGAUAAGUAUUAAUUUUUGUUUUCAAAAAAAAAUUCUAUUUAUUAAUAACAAUUAAACUGCAUGAAGAGAAAAAGCAUAAAUUAUGCCUUGUAAGAGUCGCUCAUUGCUUACCUACAUAUUUUUGGUCAUUGGGUUGUGUUGAGUUAACAAAGUACAAUGAAGAUUUAUGUUCAUUUUCAUUAUAAGUGAUUGAAUUCAUUUACUGUACAUUAUCUUUAAUUUUUGAAGAAUCAAAAUGAUAUCAUUACAGUGUUUUCCCUAAUUAUUUUAUUUAUGGCUAUUGCCUGGUUUUGUAGCUUGAAAUAACUAAGUAUUCUGUAGAGGGGAAAAAUUUUGUGAAUUUGUGUUUUAGUCUCUGCGAGGGAAAAAAAAUGAACUUGUUUGUGUAUUUUAAAAUUGAACUGUAAUUUUGUUUCUAAAAAUGUUUGAAAACUUAAAUAUUGGUAAAAUUUGCAAUAUUUAAUAUUUUAGAGGAAUUUAAGGAUAGUGUGUCUUAAUUAAAAAUGUUCUGUUUUUUAAAGCUUCAAAAUUGCUGUAGGUAACUUAGAUAAUUGUCCAUUGAAGUGGUUGUAUACAAGUAUGUAUAUUAAAACUAGUUAGUGCCUGUAAAAUAAAAGUACCUACGUAUGUUCAUGACAGGGGUGCAACAACAGGGGGGGCAAGGGUAUUUUGACCCCCUUCUGAAACCUUGAAGUAGGAGUAAACGGGGGCAAAGAAAAAGCUGUGUAAUCAAUUUUUAGAUAGUAAAACUGCUUAAAUAGCACCAUUAUCCACCUGUUGUUGCGCCCCUGGUUCAUGACAUACUGUUGUUUGCAAUAAUAUGCUUGAUUCAGCACUCAAGUUGUAAAACAUUACUGACUUUAAUUAGGACUUUUCUAGUGUUUCUUAUGUGUAUCUUUUGUAGUGUACAUAAUAUUUAUUUAUUUAUAUUUUCUGUGUUUUGUUUGGUAUUGUCCUUGUUGAGACUAAUAUUUUUGUGCUUGAUUGUACGUAGCUUUUAGGUAUGUAUAUAUGUCUGUUUGAAUGCAUUUUUCAUUUUAAAAAAAUGUGAGAGUAACUAUUUUUGUAUAGUAAGAAUGGGUUUUGACAAAGUAAAAACUUUGUAAAUUGAUAUUGAAAUCAUAAAAAUGCACUUAUAUAUAAUAUAAUUAAAUCAAAGUAUGCUGUGACUU